AAUUUCAGAUUUUUUGCGCCCAAAGCAAUGACAAACUGAAUAUAGAGUAUAAUAUGAAUACUUCUCGUAAGUAUGAAGCAUGGCAGGGCAGCAGGAGAAGGUCUACAAUACAAAAUCUUCCAUCUCUGGAUCGACCACAGUCGACAUUGAGCGGCAAACCAAAGAUUAUACAACAGGGACCUUGGACGAGCGCGGUUCCAACAAAGGAGGAAAAACAUUGCCGAAUGAUCAGUGAUUCUAUCGGGAAUAAUUACAGUCCAAAAGCAAGAGAGCUAUCGACUAUGAUUCUGUUUGAAAAGUAUCAUUUAGUGACGGAAAAAGAAUUGAGAAAUAAACGAAGUCGAAAACAACGUGAACACCGUGAUUUAUGCCCAAAGAACCAUCCACUUCCACCAUCCCACGCUACUGCCACGUUUAAAGCAUGUAAUUACACGCCGUUGUUAGAAACUGCCGAUAUUCAACUUAAUGCAUCUGCCCGCCAGCCAACAUUUAACAAAAUACAUAGGGAAUACAAAGACGGACGAAGUGACCGAUCAAUUAGGUUUACCAAGCUCCACCCAAAGCACACAAGUCGUGCAGCUACUCAAGGUUCUUUGCAAUCAUCUGUUAUUGCCAACCGCGGUGAGAGAAUAUUUACAUCAAACCACGGACAUUUUCGAUCACAUGGGUCAGCGAAUAAACGUAAAAUGCCGCAUUUUGACUUUGAGGUUUCCAACUCCUUUCAUUGCAACGGAAUUGCCUGGAAACAAAAUGAAGAAGUUGCAAACACGAAUAGAAAUCGCUUCAAUUCCGCUUUAUUUUCGAACCAAAGGCUUGUCCUAUCUGUCAAUAAAGUUACGGAUGAAGCACAGCAGAAAACAGCAUUUCGAGAAACUGAAGAUAAUUUUAGUUCAAACGUAGAAGUUUAUGAACAUCAAAGCUCAAUGUAUCAUGUCCGGUCUCGAUUCCACCGAACACACUUCGAUGGAGAACAAGAAACAAACAGUGCGGAUAAACAAAUUGAAACAAAUGAUGAUGAAUGUUCAAGUGGUAGCAGUGGGACAAGUCGUCAACAUACAACAUGUAACAGUGGGGUGAUGUUGGGUGCCAGUGAUGAUGACGUCUCUGAUGAAGAAUCUUCCGCUCCAAGUUCUGAUGAAGAAGAACUUCGAACACACGAUGAAGCAACCCGGGCAGCCCUUGAGGUAAUUUUCCCGCCUUACACGUGCUCGUUUCAUGGCAUUUCCCGACCUGCGAGCCCAGAAGAAAAGCACGCUGAGCGAUAUUUCUCUCUUUUAUCGAACUCAAUUGACGAUUCUAUGAUUUCUGCAAAACCAAACGAAUGGACAGAAAACUCACUUUCUAUGAUUAAAUCUUGCCUUAACUGGGUUGGCCGAAUACAGUUGACCAAUUACUUAAAGAAAUUAAUAUUCUUUAUCUGAAGAGCAUUAAAAAAGCUGUCCUUGAUUAUAUUUUAUUGGAUAAAGCAGAACAGGAUCGACUUGGAUUGGUC